AUGGAAUCUCAGAGCAAGCGCGUCGCCGUCGUCGGCGCAGGACCUAGCGGUCUUGUCGCCAUCAAAGAAUGCCUUGCGGCGGGCCUGGAGGUGCUGUGCUUCGAGCGCGCGCCCGCGCUCGGCGGGCUCUGGCUUUACAACCCCGAUCCGAGUGCAGAGACGAGCUCCGGCAUGUACCCCGGUGUCAUGCUCAACUCCUGCCGGUUGACCACGGGCUACAGUGAUUUCCCGAUUGAUCCGGCGCGGUACCCGAUCUACUACUCCCACAAGCUCCAUCUGCGGUACUUGAAUGAGUACGCUGCGCAUUUUGCCCUUGAGAAGCACAUCCGUUACGAGACGACAGUCGUGGGAUGCGAGCCUCGCAAGGAGGGCGGCUGGGAGGUGAGGUUCCGUAGGGGAAGCGAGAAGGAUGGCAACGGGGAAGAAGUACUCGCAUUUGAUGCUCUGAUUUGCGGAACUGGCAUUAUCAGCAAGCCCUUCGUCCCCGAAUACAAGGGAAGAGAGUCCUUUAAGGGUGAAGUGCUACAUAGUCGUUCCUAUCGCAAGCCUAGCGCCUACGAGGGCAAGAAGGUCAUCCUCGUCGGUCUUGGGUCCUCGGCCAUCGACGUUGCGUGUGAAGUUGGCCCGCUGGCAAAAGAGCUCACAAUUGUCAACCGUCGAGGCGCUUGGGUUCUGCCUCGAUUCGUCCUGGGUAAACCCACAGAGGCGUGGGACAGCCGUAGCAGCCAGAUCUGGCUUCCCGCAAGCGUCCAGGAGUGGCUCUUUGAGAAGAUACUCAACCAUGCCCAAGGCAAGAUGCCACCGGAGCUUCAGCCAGAUCACGGCCUCAUGGCACAGAACGCCACCAUCCGAAGCGACUUCGUUGAAAAGCUACAGACCGGUAUUUUCUCCCUUCGUCGCACCACAAUCGCCUCCUUCACCGAGACUGGUGUUAUCCUGGAGAAUGGCGAUUCCCUCGACGCCGACGUAGUCAUUCUUGCCACCGGAUACCACAUCGUCGACCAGCCAUAUCUCCCACCAGGCGCGCUGGCCAGCAAAGAGGCGCCAGCCCCGCACGUUGACUUGUAUAAGUCCAUCGUACCGCCCACUUGGAAAGACCUCUAUGUCAUGGGCCAGACCGAGCAAGCCGGACCCGUGACGCCCGUCUCCGAGGCGCAGGCACGGUAUAUUGCCGCCGUCAUCAAGGGAAGCGUAGAGUUGCCCGGUGAGGAGGAGAUGAUGCGGGAGAUCCGCACGAUGAGGGGUUGGCGGAAGAAGCACAUGAUCGACUCAGACAGGCACGCUCUAAAUGUGGAGUUUGUGAAGUAUAUGGAUGGUUUGCUGGCACCGUUAGGCGCGGCACCGACUUUUGGAAAGCUGUUUGGACGCAUCUUCACCAGCGGAAAGCCAUUGAGGGCCUGGAGUAUUCUUUCGGCUGUUUACUUUGGCAUCCCGGCCCCCGCGCAGUGGAGAUUAUUUGGUGAAGGAAGUACACCUGUGUUGGCUGAGGAGACGCUGCUCAGGACUGACGUGGAUGCAAGUCAACUGAGCGAAGGAGAGAAGUCUUUCUUUUGA